AUGCAAUCUAUACGUUCAUACACCCUUCUCUCAUUGUAUUUUGUUCAGUGUUGCUUACCCUUGCAGCAUGCCCCGAUCCGCUGGUCUCAUCCAUCAAGAAACACGCCACCAUCGACUUCCUUACCGACAUCACAGAAUCACAAGUCGUCCAAGCCGAUUAACAGACCUCCCCAGUCUCCUUCCAGGACCUCUAUCAGAGGCGAUAUAGCCUUAUCUCCUAGAAGAUCCCCGGUUUCUUCUCCUGUUAUCGAUAUGUCCCAAUCAAGGUCACCUCAGCUGGAUGCUGUCCAGCCGACUACUCCAACACCACACAAAGGGGCGAGGCGUAGGAGAGCAAAUGGAAAGCAAUCUGUUCAACGAAAAUCUCAGAAUAACUUCAAUGCGUCCGGUGACGAUGUCGGGCCCGACAAUGAGCGUUCAUCCGAGGACGACGAGUUGCUGUUUGACCUUCUGGGUGUUCCGACACCGGCAAAAGCCAAUACUGCUGUCCCAGGUCUCCUUCCCAUUACCAAGGAUCAGAUGAAGUCUUCGAACACCAGAUCCACGAAGCGUCAGGAGAAUGCUCAUGAUUCCGGACGGACACCGAGUGGGAGAGACGGUGAGGCCGUACCACCGAGAGGCAAAGGUCGAAGGAAACCUCGUGGCAGCAUGUCCGACAGCGAGGCUUUCACUCGCCCGGUCUCUGCUCGCAAAGGCAAGCUGUUCCAACCUGACAGUGAUAUUCAAUCUGAGGACGCUUUCACCCUGCCUCCCGCUGACACCUCGUCAUCUGCCAUUAUACGGAAAGGCAAAGGCCGGCCAGCUUCACAAAAAGUUGACCAGACCGCUAUGGAAUCGUCACAGUCGUUUGAUCUUCACUCGCUGAGCCAGAGUCUCCCGUCAGUAUCUGGCCUGGAGAUGCCGCCACCCACAUCUGCGAAGAAAAAGAAGGAGAAGAAGAGUCGCAAGGUGGCCGCUUCUGGUAACGACGAAUCUUCCGUAUGGGACAUGCCUGACAUGUCUGGCCCAGGGGGAGCUCAGACACUUACGUGGCAGCAGCAACUGCAGGCCACCGAGUUGUCAAGCACGCCGAGGCGCGACAAAUCCCUUCACACUUCGACUAAAUCUCUCAAUCAUGCCUCUGACCCAAAGCCUCGCGCUCGACCCAAGAGCUCGCAUCCCGCUAACAUACCAAACCCUCCAAUAUCGUAUCCUUUGGUCAACAAGCCGACUCAAACCAGAAGACGCUCCCUAGACGGCUCAGUACCGUUGUCAGCAUUUGAUCACACUAUUCCAUAUCACACUGGCUUCAAUGUAAAUCGCGCACCACAGACACCCAUCAGACUCCCCACGUCUCAGAGCGCCGCAUCAGAUCUACCUAUUCUCCAGGGCGACUUUCCACGCCUCAAACAUGGCUCAAAGGGACCUCUUGGCGGUCUCGUCCCCAAAAGCAAUCCCGCAGGAGGGCCAGUACAGGGCAUCAAAUAUGCAGGUCCGACAUUCCACAACUCUCCUCACGCGGCCAGCCUGCCGAAACCCGAUCUGGAAGAUUUUUGA